GCGCAUAUACAACUGCGCAACUGCCUUUGGCAUGUGUUUGGAGCGGUAAGGACUGUGGCGCAGUUCUUGUAAGUAGAUUGUGCGUAAAGUAUUACUCGUCAAAGUGCAGAACGUUUCACUGCGCCGUAUAUUAAGGUAGAAGAAUGCUUCUAGACUGUGAACACGUGGCACCACUGACAUCUACGUAGACACAAGGGUGUGAUGACAAAGCCAUGAAAACAAGGGCUACCAUCGUCAAAGAUGCGCGCCGCCUUCGGUCGGGAUCGCUUUCACCACGGAAGUUUGAACACCUUACGAAAGAAAGUCCGUCGCCAAGAUCCGCAAAAUCCAACAAGCAGAUCACUGUGAGAGCUGCAAACACGGCUGCUGGGCCGGAGCAGGGGAAGGCCUCAGCAGCAACAAAAGACCUGUUCCAAGAACACGAAAAGACUGACGAGAUUGGUAGCUGUGCACCUCGUUGCGCUGUUGAUGACAAGACCUCGGCUGUGUUGACAACAACAUGCAAGGAAAUGGUGCUUUCUGCAAGCUUGUGUGGUGACAAACCGGCUGUUGGUAUGGAACCACAAGAAAAGAUGCAAGUGGCUCCGAUAGAAGCAACCUUGGAACAAGCAGGUACGUCUUCACAAGGACGAAAGAGAAAACGACCCCGAAGGAAAACUUCAAGGAAAAAUAACCAGAGCACCACAACUGUCCUUCCGAGCAACGAAUUAGGCUCCAGCAGCGACAACAAAAGGCAAAAGGCUGACCAAAGGAAGGUAGCCGCGAAAAGGGUUCUACCUGCGCAUCAGUGUUCACUUGUGCAAGCGUCCCUAGACAAUUUUGUGGCAAGAAAGCCCGAUGAUGAAUCUUCAGACAGCAACGCAAUGUCUUGGCAGGCAGACUCCGAAGACGAAACGUCGGGUUCUCGAUCAUCGCAGGAUGUCCUACCACUAGCAAAGAAGAAGUGCAGACUUGCCAAUAAACGGAAACUUUCACGGAGCUUGGUGGAGCGUCGUGACGUGGCCACUCAAUGUGUAACUGAAGACCAAACCACCAAUAUUUGGUUCGAGUUUUAUGAUGCAGAACCCAAAGAACGCACUAAAAUGAUCAAGAGAAACCAUUUUACGCAAACAAAUGCUCGCAUGAUUGCGACACUGGACUACAAGAAAUGUGAAGCGCAUCCAAAAAGAACAAAGAAAUACCACUGCGGGGUGGCAGCAUGUCCAUUCAAGGGCAUGCCGAGUGAAAUAAUCGCGCACGUCAAAGCGAGGCAUUCCAAUUACAAAGAGCUGGUAUGCAAAUGCUGUAAGAAAAGACACGAGUCCCUCGCCCUUUUUGUUUGUCACCUUGGGAGUAAAAGUUGCAACGGAGGAACGAUGGAAGAAGACGAGGAUGCCGACGAGGGAGGAUCGUCUUCUGGAGGAGAAGACGUUGUGGAAGUGGGUUCAGAUGACGGCGAGGUUCCCGAGACCAUUGCUUCUAGACCAGCAGAUGUGGAAAAGUUGGGACAGGAUCCUGCACCAGUGGUUAAGUCACCCGCUGUUGUUUCAAGGCACAUUUUAGUAGUGCUGUCUGAGGAGUUCAUGUUUAUACGUGGGACUUUGCUCCCACAGAGUAUACCUUUGUUGUCGCUGGGAGAGGUUGCCGAGCAACUAAAGGCAGGUGUGACAUAUUCAAGAUGCUUACUACAGUUAAGCCCAACAGUAGAUGUCAGCUUUUUGUGUACCCCUCACCAUGGCUGCAUCAAAAUGGGUCUACUCAGAUCACAUCCACAUGCAAUCUAUCGUAAGAUGGCACCAUAUUUGGACACUGGUAAGAAAGCAACACUGUCGUCACUCCUGCAACACGUGCAUGGGCAGCUCGGCUACGUCACGCGGGCUAUAAUAAAAGCGCUUGUGCUUUCUGCCAGAGGCUCUGCACUCGUAACCAAAGGGAUCUGCGCACCUUCUGACACACUUUCUGUGUCAGAACCCGUCGAGCUUGAGUCGGAAAUCAACACGGUUGUGUCCGUAUCACCACGAAUUGCAUCUCCAGAACUACAGCAGACUAGGUCAGCUGAAACAGCUGGACAGGUUUUGUCCGAACCAGUUGCAUGUGAACCUGUUGUACCAAGUACUGCGAGUGAACCAGGGUUCCCUUCACUGUUACUUCAGACCCCAAGUGAAACGUCACUCGUGAUUCCCAUGGUGGUUGAUCAGGAUGUGCAGUCAUGUGUCCUAAUGACUCCAACAAAAGAACUCAACAAGAUGCUGCAGCCUGUUGUCAAGGAGAUCUCUCCCAGUGUGAGUUCACUACGUGCACAAAACUCAAACUUUUUGCAGCGACAUGAUGGUGGUGGAAAGUUCCCAAAGUUGGUUCCAAAGAUUUGGUCUCCUUAUACUAUGCGUUCAGUCAUCCACAAACUUGAAGGGGGCAAAGUUCGGGGACAAAAGCUGCCGUUGCCUCUCAUAGUGAAAAACAAAGUUGCUGUCACAGAUCAGUUGGGUACACUGGCUCAUCGUAGUCCUGUACCACGGCUACUGUUCAAUAUUAGACCAUUUUCAUCUCCAGUAACUGCUGGAAUCAUGAUCAACAGAUAUCCAACCACAACUUUAAUAUCUCCUGGGUACCUCAUCAAAGGUGCACCAACCCCGGCGCCAAUAUCUACUGGAUACAUUUUCAGUGGUACACCACCCUCAGCUCCAGUUCCUGUUCGAUCCAUGAGCUGUAUUGCUACACUUUCAACUUCAGCAUGUGUUGGGUCUGUCAACAUAGUUACAACACCUUCAACUUCAACGUCUUCUAAAUCUGUCAGCUCUAGUGCAACACCCUCAGCUCCAGUGUCUGCUAAAUCCAUCAGCUGUAUUACACCACUUCCAACUUCAGCAUCCACUGCAUCCAGCAGCUGCAUUACAACAGCCUCAACUUCAGCAUCUACUAUAUCCAGCAGCUGCAUUACAACACCAAGUUCAAGCAAUCCGUCAGAAGCGGUACCUGUCCAACGACCAAACAUUUUGGUGAUGGGUGCGGAGGCACCUUUAAGUGAUGAUGCACCUGUAAGCCUUCACCAAGCUGACGCUGAUGCCACACACAAAAGAAUACAACAACAGAGGGGUCUGCAAGGCGUGAGUAAACCCAGUCAUACAUCAGUUAAGUGCCAAGAUAUGCUUAUUAAAGAACAAAAGAGCAACCCAAGCAUUCCCGAAACACAGGGUGUCACCACCACAAAGACACCUUCUCAGUCUGGCACAGCUUCAAUGAGCAUGUUGAAGUACAAGUAUGUAUUCCAGUCAGCCCUGGAACGUGCCAUGCGGUGCUCUGAAACACAGGUGAAAGAGCAUGACUCAAGGAGUAAGCAUGAAACCUUAAGUAGAGAUAUUUCAGAAGUCCCAAAACCAAGUGCAGCUGCAUCGUGCAUUGUUACUGAUGUGUUUCUCUGCGAGUGCGGUUUCCAAGCUGUCUCCAAGACAACGCUAGAGGAGCACAUCCGUGUUAACCACGUUGGAGAACACCACGGCUGUCGCAUUUGUUCGCUUCGCUUUCCAGAACUGAAACAGCUAGAGCAACACUUCUUGCAGCAUGUAAAAAUUGUGUCAACGCAGUGGGAGGCUGUCAACAGCCAAAAAGCGUCACCCGAUGUUUCAAGAAACAGUAAAGAUGCAGAACGCUCUGCUCCAGCUUCUGGAAGCAACAGCUCAUAUCAGAAAACCACUGCUGAGGUUGCAGAAGUAAGAAAAACUGAGCUAGUCCGUCCUGCAUGUGCCCCAUCUCCUUCUCUCCUUGAAGCUUUAGACACACAAGAACCGAAAGAUUCUUGCAGACAGUUUCAAAGCAGUACGAGUGGGCACAAAGAAUCCACAAAACCACCACCUCUGUUAAAAAGGCCCAAUGACCAUGGUGUUGUAAAGAGAGAACUUUCGCCACACACUGUACAUGUUAUAGACAUCUCGUCCGACUCUUCAGACGAGGAGACCUCUGGAGCCGAGCUCCUUAAAAGCACUGUGAAGGAGAAGCCCUUCUGUGCCAAUCUUCGUCCAGGUCUUGUUGGACCCGAAGCACUUAAACCUUUCUUUAAAUGCGUAAUUGAAGAUUGCACAUUCACUGCCACUGAGGUGAAGGAGUUUGCGAUUCACCUUGCAUCCCAUCCUACUUCAGAUUUGAGUGGUCUCCGGUGCAUCUAUUGUGGGCAGAAGUUUGACGUCAUCAAUGAAAUGGUGUCGCACAUGGCCUCAAAACAUGGCAGGCGUGUCUACCAGUGUGGCUGGUGUGUGUACCGAGCAGCGGCUCGGCCUCUGCUCAUGCUGCACUUGCGCUUCUCGCAUGAUGGUUGUGAGCCUGUACUCUAUAAGUGUGACCAACUGGAUUAUAGUGUGGAUCCAGCACCGGAACCAAUCAAGCCUGCAGACUAUCGCUGUAGUGUGAAAAACUGCAAGUUCAGCUGUUUCAGCUCUCAACGGUUCGCACAUCACUACAAGAGACAUCACAGUGAUGCAGUGGUGUUUCAUUGCCCAAACUGUGAUAGUGAGCUCAGAUCAAGAGACAGCCUUAUUGAGCAUUUAGUGGUGCAUGGCUUGAACACGGUGCAGUGUGUCUAUUGUCUGUGUGGAACGAAAACUUUCCAAGAGAUGCUGAAACAUAUAUGUGACAACCACGCAGACUGUGAACUCAACUUCCUCAUCCGGACACAGCAAGAGCGGACCAACUACAAGGAAUUCAUUAGUGAUGCCAGCAAGCGAGCAAUAUUUUUUCCAGACGUGGUAAGUCCGCAAGCGGAAGUACUGAAAGGGGCUGACACCAGUCCAGCACUGGUUAAAGAAACAGGGUCUGCAAAGCCUUGUCCAUUCUGUGAAAAACAUGUCUCGAGCUUAUCUGACAUUAUGCACCAUUGUGCAGAUGAGCACAAGAUAGAGCUUUCUAUUUCCAUCAUACUGGACUUGCUCCUAAAAAAGACAAAGUUGGGAGCUCCUGUCCACUUGGGCUGUCAGUUCUGCUCCUUUAAAGGCACUGACCCUGAUGACCUGAAGGCCCAUAUAUACCAAGAAUUUUCGCAUGUGCCAAAGUCUGCAAACGAUGCAGAGGAGUGCAGCUCACAGCACAAUCUUGGUUUUGAAGAGUGGGUACAGAAGUUAGUAGAUGACAGCCUAAAAAUUCCAGAGAAGCUCACAAAGCCUUACGGAUGUGUGCAGUGCAAAGAAAAUUUCCAUAGUAGUGAUGAUCUGCGUGUCCAUCUGUACUCACACAAGAAGUACUUCCCACAUCACUGUGGUGUAUGUGCAGAAUCUUUCACAACUGAAGAUGAAGCUACAGAACACCAGCGGGAGCAGCAUAAAAUGGAAACUUCUUUCCUGGUACAAGAGGUUAGGUUAGCCAAUGUUGAACAAGUAAUAGAUGAAGCCAUUGAGGUUCAAAUCAACAUGAUUCAAGAGCGGAUGCAAAACUCCAAAUCCAAACAUUGUAUCUGGGAUGACUGCACGUACCAUUCCUCUGAGAGAGUAACUCUGCUGAGACAUAUGAAUAAUGUACACCUGACAAAACAUUGCACGUGUUCCUUGUGCAGCUUUGCUUCCUACAGUGAAAAGGUCAUGAACUGGCACAGCAAAAGCCACCUCUGCACGAGUGGUGGCAAUCCACAAACUCCACCUCCUGCUGAGGUUCUCGUAGAGGCUACUGUGCACAGCACCCCAACUCCUAAGCCACGUGGUUCAUUCAAGUGUGGCUACUGCAAGUUCCGAGGAGACUCAUCCAUUGCCAUACGUGAACAUGCUGCCAUAGCUCAUCGUGGUUUGCCCGUCAAGUUGGUUGUGCCACCACGACCCAUGAACGAUGUUCUCGUACCAGUGCUUAAUUAUUCUGUUGACCCUCAACCCAGAGCUGCACCACAAACACAGGAUAGCAGACGGCUUACUCCUUCAGGUGCACCAGCAAAGCCGGCGUCUGUUUCUUCCACAGGCGCUCGUUCUGAGCAUAUGCGAGGCAAGCCUUUGCGCUGCAACAAGUGCUCCUUUCUUGCACCCUCUGAAAGGAUAUUAACGAUCCAUCGCUCAAAUCUGCACGAAUCUGACUCGGAUGAGUCUGAGCAGUCCCAUUCUGAUGAGGAAGUUGUGCCGACACGGAACCUUUCGGGAAAUCUCUCCACGUCAAGUCGAGCUGUGCACACAGAUGAUGCGGGUGUCUCAUCGACAACAUUGGGAUUUGCAGAAAAGGUGCCCAAAAAGAUGGCAGCAGUUUCCAACCAAAUGCCAUCAAAACUCCCUCCGAAGAGCAAGAACGUUUCACCAGCCCUUGCAAGCUUGGGACCCAGCUCCAGCAGCGUGAAAAAGAGUAUGGCACUUACUCAUAAGUGCACCAUUUGCCAGAUGGAAUUUUUAAGCCGUAAUAACCUGUGCAGUCACCUUAAAGUUAAGCAUCACUACUACGCUCUAUGUGACUACUGCGAAAAAGGACUUAUGAAUAGGAAACAAGUAGCUGGUCACUCUGAAAAAGUACAUCCUUUGCUUCCAAUCAAGUACUGCAUAAUCACAAGGGACGGUUUGUGCUCAUCGCCUCGUGAGGAUCCAGACGCAGAUGGUACAAAGGUCGCAUCACACAAAGGACCUGAGGGCUUUUCAUGGUACAGGAAGCCAGUAGAACCGAUUGACUUGGACAAAACUUUUGUCUUGGCAACGGUGCCAGAUUUAGGUACGCCGAUGCGAUUCUGCGCAAGUACGUUCUUUGCCAUACACAAACGUAGGCCAGUGCUUCGCAUCAAAGACUUUACGAAGCUUUUUUAGAUUUCUUUACUUGAACGUGCUUGGUUGAAAGUGAAAGCAUGCGAGUCCAAAUGCUGUCAUCUAUUUUUUAUUGUUUUGUACUUCAUUGCUAUGAAAACAAGGGUGAUCUAUGAAUGAUGUUGAUUUCCUUAUUAGACACUCGUAAUAAACGGAAUUGUUGAACUUAUUAUUAAACUUGCACUGGAGUCAGA